UUGCCUGCUGAGGGAGUAUUCAGCAUUGCAUUUCCUAGUAUGUGUGAUGCAAGGAGGUGAUGAAGAAAACACUUGGCUUCAGUCUUCCAUAUCAUCUGACUUAUUGGCAGCGUUGGGUGAAAAGCUGGGGUGUGUUAUAUGGAAGGAGCAAUCCUGAAGCAGAGAGAAGCAGACAUUGCCAGCCCUGGAAACAGUAGAUAAGGAAUCUGUUUCUGGCAUGUAUACAUACUGAUUCAAAAGUUACUUGUCCAGCCCAAAACUGCUAUAAGUCCGCAACGGAUUUGAGGAAUCUAUAUUUCCAUGGAUCAUAAUUUUGAGUCAGUCCACAAACAAGAUAUUAAGGAAAGUGAACGAGGAAUCAAAACAGAGUUUAAACAUGUGGAAAGCCGGGGUCUAUGAAAUAAAGGUCACUACGUCAUUCUUCCAAGUCCUCCACUGUCAGAAAAGGCAACGCUGGGCAACACUCUAAGAUGUUUAUUUGGACCAGUGGCCGGACCUCGUCAUCAUACAGACCCGAUGAAAGAAGAAAUUUCUACCAAAAAAUCAAAGAUCAUGAUCUUCUGGACAAAAGGAAAACUGUGACGGCAUUAAAAGCAGGAGAAGACAGAGCUAUACUUCUGGGACUUACAAUGAUGGUGUGCUCCAUUAUGAUGUAUUUUCUCCUAGGAAUAACAUUGCUGCGAUCAUACAUGCAGAGCGUAUGGACAGAAGAGAUACAAUGCACAUUAAUUAACGCAUCUAUAACAGAAACCUUCAACUGCUCCUUCAGUUGUGGUCCAGACUGCUGGAAAAUCUCUCAGUACCCCUGUCUACAGGUUUAUGUUAACCUGAAUUCUUCAGGACAGAAGAUCCUUCUAUAUCACACAGAAGAAACCAUGAAAGUGAAUUCUGAGUGUUCAUAUAUACCCAGAUGUGGGAAAAAUUAUGAAGAGUCGUUGUCAAUUGUCAGUAUCGUUAUGGAAAAUUUCCGGAAACAUCAGCACUUUCCAUGUUUUUAUGACCCAGAAGGAAAUCAAAAGAAUGUCAUUUUGACCAAACUCUACAGUUCUGAUGUCUUAUUCCAUUCUUUGUUUUGGCCAACAUGUAUGAUGCUUGGUGGGAUUGUCAUUGUAGCAAUGGUAAAGUUAACACAGUACCUUUCUUUCAUGUGUGAGAGAAUCCAAAGGGUCAACAGAUAGAAACACGCCCAGAAGUUGCUUUUUAUUAAAAUACUGUUAUUGUUUUUAUUUUUCA